AUUUUCUAGUUGUGAAAUUCGGCGACACCAUGUAAUAUCAUACCAUUGUAACAGCGUGCUACAGGGAAAGAGUCACCGAAUUGUAACGGAAAACGCUUUUUCCAUUAUUGUAUUAUGGCGUUUGUCGUCAGUCGCAUACUCUCGUCUCGUUCCGGCAUCGUCGUCUGCCGUGCUCCUCUUCGGCGAAUCGUCUCGCGUCCUGCGGGCAGCUCGUUCGUCCUCGCGGCGUCGCCAGAUUGUUCACCAUCAUCGCAUCCUUCUCUCCGACCAUCGCCCCUAACCCGCAACGGGCGUCAUCAUGGUCGGACUGACCGCACCGUCCGGCUUCUGGGCCGCCGCCAUCGGACUGUUAUGUGGACUUUACGGCUCGUACACGGGCGCCGUCAUGGCAAGAUCGAAAAACGACUCGUCGAACGCGAAUCUGCAGAACGGCAUCCGCAGCAGCAGCAGCACAACGGCCGCCGGUACCACCUCCUCGUCGCUGCGUGACGGCCUCGAGACCAGCCAGACUCGUGUCAACACGGUGGACGGGCCUUCGCCGUCCGACAACUUCAACCGUGGUUCGGACUACCGGGUGUCUGGUAAAGAUUUCGGUGGCGGCGGUUCAGGUGGUUACCCGUUUCAAAACACUUACGGUCCACCCGGGGACUACUAUUAUGACGAACGACCCGAGUACUUUAGACCUAACCAUCACGUCGGAAGUCGCCCGCCGAGCGGACCGCCCGAUGUGUUCUACCACGACCAUCCACCACACCAACAGCCGCAACAUUACGGCGGCGAAGGUCAACAUCAUCAUCACGGCGAGUUGAACGUACAACCUCUGCUGUGGCCUUUGGCCGGGAUCACGUUGCUCGGGGUGUUGUCCGCCCUCGUCAAAGCCCCGUUGUUGUUACAUUUGGGCACCGUCGGCCACCGUCGGCGCCGCAGGAGAGACGUGACCGAUCCCGAUCGAGGAAUCACCGCGAAAGCGAUAAAGUCACUUUUGGCCAAGUUCAACGACAAGGAACGACGGUGGAAGAACCCGGAAGCGUGUUUGGUUUGCGAUAUGGUGGCGAGCAUCUACGAUCUGAAGUCAACCUGCGUCGAAAGGUCCGUCUGCGAAGUGAUGUCUGGGAACGGUUCUGGCGCAGCCGUAACGGACAAACUAUUGUUGAGCGCAAUGAUCACACAAGUCGUUGAAAACGAUCAGAUUCCCAAGGAGAUGAAGAGACGACUGCAGGAGUCGGCAGAAACGGGCGGCAGGAGCGGAGAAGAUUGCCGUCGACUGUACCCAUGCCACGCACCGGAAACGGCACAGAAAUAAAUCCAAAAACAACAUAGUAUAUGCUUAAAUAUUAUAACACAAUAUAAUCAUUUUCGAAUUGUACAUAAUUUUUACGAAAUACACAUUGCACAUUGAAAAAUUCGUCAACACAUCCAAUAAUUUUGACUAAUAAAAACAUAGUAUAAUUAUUUAAAAAUAUAUUAUUUUCGUUGGUAUUGGUUUUUUUUUUUUCAUAUAAUAUACGCCUAAAAUAUUUUAAAUGACAGCAAAUAAAUAUAAUAUAUAUAUAUAUAUAUAUGAUUAUACUUUAUAUCUUAACUAAUUUUACAAUUUUGUCAUAUAUAUAUAUAUAUAUGUAGAGAGAGAGCUACAAUGUAUGUAAAUAACACACAUAUUUUUUAAUUUUUUUUUUAAACAUUUUUUAUUUUUAUAAUUGGUUUUUUAUAAUUAUAUAUAUAUAU